UGGUGCCGUAAACUUCACACAUGUUCCGAAUCUUGUAGCUUAACAUUAGCUCCAGAGGUUACCAAUUGUGUGAUUAGUUGCAAUCAGUUAUUAUUGAGCUACGAUCCUCAAACAAAGGAGUCAAUUUAUCAUAGCAAACUUCAAAUCUCAAUCCGUCGAAUAAAGGUUAACUAGGCAUGCCUAUUGUAACGAUUAUCAACUUUGUUCAUCCCUUGAGUGUGUUGUGAGCUAGUUACACGCACAGCGCCACCUAGCGAUGACCUGUCCACGUAGAAAGAGACAUACCAACACCACUUGCAUGCUGGCAAGGAGGUCGAGAGGAAUUCCUGAUUAUGGAAACAUCCUGAGGGCAAAUAUGAGGAUGUUAAGGGCCAUCGUCCUGCAGGAAGACAGGAACUUCAUUAAAGUCUGGAGCAAGACUUCAAAAUCCACGAUUGCCUAUGACAGUGGAAAAAUCUAUUUUGAAAACUACCAGAGUUGCUACAGUUGCAUUGAUACACAUCCUCAGCUCUUAUACAAGUUGCCUCAACGGAGCAAAUCUGAGAAAAUAGAGGAUGCCUUACAAUGCUCAAGCCCACUUGAGAAAUCAUUGUCCACUCCUUCUGACCAGAAACCAUGCCUACUGACCCUAACUGCCAAUAACUGGCUCUACCGCUUAUCAGCUGAAACUGGAGAGACACUCCAGGGAGUAUACCUCUCUCCCAACCCCAAGUUCAAGUACCUUCAGUGGGAUGAAUAUCAAGACAGAUUUUAUGUCAAGUCUAUCCAAAACAAAGUGGCACCUUUUGCACGACAGGCAGGCAUAACUCAGAAUACUGUGAUGCACCUGGCAAUCUUUAAUGUGUUCCCCUUGGAAAUUGUAGGAAUGUUGGAGAUCAAUAAAACGGUGUUUGGGGACACCGUUACUGAUGUUGUGCUAACGCAAGGCACACUGGCCGUUUCUCACAGCACCAAAACAGUGAAGCUGUACAGCUUUGACCGGAUCCUCAGUGAGUUCAUGACCAAGAGGCUGGCACUGGGCCAGCCCAGCCCGUUCCACGAGGGCAGAACUGUGGGAGACGCUCCCUACGGAAUCCCCCUGAACAUCGUCAUCAAGGAUUGUCCACCAGUGCUGUUCGAAGUGUCGUGCUCUGACCAUAACGUGCAGAUUGGAGGCCAUCCCUGGCACUACAUAUACACACCGCCCCACAAGAAGCACAGGGGAACCUAUCACAUCUGCUCCCUGGCAGAAGGCAUUCUGGCAAAGAACGGUAUUCAAGACAUGGACUGCUGCUCUCUGGAGACUGAUUUAAUAUAUCUACACCCUGAUGAGUCCGGGCGGAUCAUUCACGUUGGACCCAACACCGUAAAAAUGCUGAGGUGUGUGAGUGGCCUGAAGAGUGACUCACCGUCAGAGGUGGUGGAGGAUUUCUCCAUCACGACCUGUCGCAGCAAUGUGGCUCCCCGGGUCACCGUCACCUCCUCAGGUCGAACGGUCAAGCGGAUCAGUCAGCAGCUCGACGACGACCCAGAUCAGGAGACCUUCCGCACGGUGGAGUAUGAAGACGAGGUGGAUCUUCUGGCUCUGGUGGUCACCGACGGAGAAGAGGGCGAAGGAAGGGCAUGCGUGAAGCUGCACGACAACAGCAGUGGAGCGCUGCUGAAAACCAUUCCCCUGGAACAGGCCUGGGAUGUGACAUACCGGAAUGAGAUGUGUUUUGACAAGGAGACGAUUGUCCAUAUUGAAGAAAGGAACAACGGCUUUCACUGCCAUGUCUACAAACUCCAAACCGAAGCAAAAUAAUGCUGUUACCUUCAGAGAGUUUACCCAUGCUGGAAAUAUUUUUGUACUGUAUUUCUUUUAUACCAUUGAAGAAUUAAUAAAGAAUGGUUUUCUUUAUCCACUCUC